ACAAAAAAAGUGCAACGUGAUAGAACUUCGAGAAUUUCGCUUUUUUUGCAGCGCUAAGCUCGCAGAAAAAAAAAACAAAAUGGUGGCUGACGAGAGACCGCGGGAGUCUCUCGUCAAGUACGACCCUCCGCUCGAGUUGGGACCCGCGAGCCAGAGCGGAUCAACAUCAGGUACAUAAAUUGAAUUCAUUUCUUGUGUAUGCAUCACAAACAAAGAGUAGACUGUAUUCCUGAAUGCAGGGAGACGUCGCAUGACAAAGAAUCUCGUCUCUAUCCGAACUGCUUACAAGGUAACAAACUCAAGCAGCAACUAAGCAAGAAGACGACUUUGCCACCAGUGGAGUUCAAGCCGCAAUUGGAGGACAUCCUGCACGCAUUGCUGCCGCCAAGGUAGGACCACCAGGGAGUUUCUGCAUGACUAAUUCGUUUUCCUCCACGGCCACUCUACAUUGCGAUUUUAACGAUUUUUGCUUGCACGCUGUUCGUAAACGAUGAUGCGUGAUAAAGUUCAUGCGUCGACUUCUCUACCAAAAUAAUACAGGGAAUGGGUCGAGUCCGAGAGGAAUAUGAUUCAGUACGUCAGCGCAGCACAGGCAACAAGAUUAGACGUCAUCCAGCUGCAGGAAGCCUUGGACCACAAGCUCAUGGAGAGGCAAGCACGAGAAACUGGUACAAUCACUUACUUUCUUAUAUUGAAAAUUGAUUUUGUCAUGCAGUUUCACUUUCACAUUCACACGCAAAUGCAAAAAUACGAAUACAACGACUUCGCAUGCCAAAGCUCCUAGUAGAAGUGCUAGUCCUAGCUAAACGUAGUCGUCUUUUCCAAUAACAUUUUAUCCAACUCGAGGUAUCUGCCCGGUCCGAGAGGAACUCUAUUCUCAGUGCUUCGACGAAUUGAUCCGACAAAUCUGCAUCAACUGCCCAGAAAGGUACUUUCUUACAAAUUUUGUGGUACUGUCUGCUGCAAUAGAACAAUCGGCAUUUCUUUGCGAAAAUGCGUGGCGUACUAAAAAGGAAAAAAUGUUGACUACCCAGGGGUCUCCUCCUUCUGCGAGUGCGGGACGAGUUGAGAAUGACCAUCGCCGCCUACCAGACCCUUUACAGCAGUUCAGUGACGUUCGGAACCAGGAAACAGCUCCAAUCCGAGCAGGGAAAGGCAGACAUGGAAACAACCUUAACGGACCUGGAGAAGAGUACUAUUCAUUAUCAUUUUUUGCAUCACAGGUCUGAGUCUGAAGCUCCAUGACCAUCGCCAUGCGUUUUCUUCUACAUGAGAGAAAGAUAGAAACAAGUGGUGAUUGCUUCCAAUUCGUAAGAAUACGUCAAAAACUCACAGAGAAAAAGUCGCUGGAGGCGCAGGUAGUGGAGCUGAAAAACCAGGCGGAGGCUAUCGAGCGGCGGGAGGCUGAGAAGCGGGCCAUCGAGGACCGCAAAAAGCGGGAGGAGAUCGAAUUCCUGAAGCACCAGGGCCAGCACUUGGAGAGCUUCCUGAGCUCGGUGGAAAAGAACUAAAGUAGUGGAUCACCAGUGGCGGUGAUGUGGUCUUGCCGUUCUUAAUACUCGUAGUGCUUCUGCUUCAGAAAGAAAAUUGUUGUAAUUCCAUCAGUUUAUUAAACUAAUCGCUUUAGCAGUUACCAGUUAGCAGAAGCACGACACUAGCUAACAAAAACAAUCACAAAAAAUCACAGUCAGACGAGCACAAUAGCAAAAGUUUAAGUUUCCUUUUCCAAAACAAUAGCAGUUUUGUAGUAUAAACAUCAUACGAUUACGACCGAAAGCGAAAAUUCAAGCGCAGUCACGGAUUGCGUCGAACCAGCAAAAGUUUAAGUUUCCUUUUCCAAACCUGAAGUGCGAGAAAAAAGGGAGAUGAUACGCCUCUCUCCUCGACGAGGACCAAAAUGCCUGAAGAAUAUCCUCGCACGACACUUAUUUCACUUCCUCGAGCUUUUAAAGAACUUGCUUCUUGAACUUCGUCUCUCUUCCUAUCAGACUUCUUUCUGCACUUCUAUAGUACGACCUGUAUACCAUCGAAAGAAGAACAGGAAGACCAAGACAAUUUUUCACUCGUUGCGCGUGCGCCACGGACACGGUUCGCUGUGCUUGCUCUGGUGCUCGACAUGGCCCGCAACCGCAUCUGGGUUUUGCUACGGGCUCUUGAUGUUCGAACCAUAAACAGAGUUUGUGCAUAAUAACUAUGCCUGAAGGCCAACUUCGACGCACUACGGAAUAAAUCCAAAAGCAGGUCAAAAUGACACAAAAA